UGUAACCUCAACAAAUCAAACUUCAAAAUAAUUACGAAUCUGUACCUGUCUUCGCUUUGGUUGGGUGCGCUUCUUUUUAUCGUGUGUUGUAAUUUAUGAAUAUUUUUCGUUAAAUAGAAUAAUAUCCAUUUUAAAUAGUCCCUCAUGUAGUUUUUUUAAGUGCUACUUGUGAAAUCCUUCGGUGGAUACUAAUCAAUGCUGCUGUACACUGAAUAUGGCUGACGAAAGACUAGUGGUUCUGAAUCGUAGUGACAAUUUGGGAUUCGGAUUCUCUUUGCUUGGCGAAGCCGGUUUGCCACAUAUUAUAUACGAGAUCGAAGAAAAUUCCCCUGCGGCUCGGAGUGGUGAAGUCGAGGCGGGAGACGUUUUGCUCAAGGUUAAUGGGACUGAUGUAAACCGGUUCACUACCCGAGAAGUUCUAAAAUGCUUGCGACUAUCGUCAGAUCCCGUCACUUUAAGACUGAGAAAGGACCCACAGAUCAAAGCGAGUGUGAGGCGGUACCUGGCCGCGGCGGCCGAGCGUCGCUCUAGCGGCGCGGGCACACGCACCAAUCACGACAGAUCGGCUUCUCCGCCGUCGAGCAACUCGAACAGCAACUCAUCUAGCAACUCAUCGAGCAACGGGUCGGGCGUGCAGUCCGGGGACAGUUGUGAGGCGCUGGUGGGAGUGGAAGACAAGAGAAGGGGCCGAGUGACGCCCAAGUUCGAGGCCUACAUGAUGACUGGGGACCUCAUGCUCAACCUGUCGCGAGUAGAGCAUCCGCACCACAACCACCACGCGCCCACGCAUCGGACACACUACCACAGGUACAACUCGACGCCAGCCUCACCCAGUGAGAACCGAAUGUGUGGACGCGUGGAGCUCGCGCAACGACACAACUCCUCGCCCGACACCGGCCUCGUUGGAGACCAUGCUAGCAAAAUGUUCAUAUCCCAGCCGGCGUCUCCCGCGGGCGGCGCGGGCGGCGCGGGCGCGGCCAGCGACGUGUGUGCGCGCGCGCACCACGCCGUGCGCACGUCGCGCUCCGAAGACCAUCUGCAGAGUCGAGUAUGUAAUGGUAAGUUCCAGAAGGAGUCGUCCCUGAGUGCUGUGGCUGUGGAGAUGGAAGAGGACGUGACGUCGUCACUCAACACUCUAUUGGACGCGCGACCGGAUUCCGCCACUCCUGGACCACGAUCCGACUCCGAUCCUGAGCGGGACAGGAUCGUGUGGACGUACAACGCGCCGGUGUCGAGCGCCAUGGAGCGCGCGGCCUGCAACGGCUCGGGCCGCUCGGGCGCCACCUCCAACUCCACCUCCAUAUCCGACGGCAUGUCGCAACGGUCGUCGUCGCCCGCGUCGCCGACGUCGGCGUCGUCGUCCGUGAUGUCGUCCCGCGCCACGCCUCCCCACCGACACCUCGUCACGCACCAUCACCAUCGACCCCUCAAUGGGGACAUGAGUCUAUCAGAAGCAGUGUCGAACAUAUCGAGCCCGGACUACCAGGACCAGGACGACAUGUUCGAGACCGGGCGCGAGUGUCCACGGAUGGAACUCUCCGACCCGUCCGACUCUGACUCCACGAUACUAGUCUCCGAACCUUGCCACAAACGAGCCAAAUCCAACUCCUCCUACUCUAAUGAACACGGAAGUGACGUCACUCUCAAUGGAGACCACAACAACGACUACAGAAUAGUGAUACAAGUCAAAGGCCCCGAUAAACAAAACGCGAAUGUCACAGAAAAUGUAAAUAACAAUAAUAAUAGUAAUUACACUCAGAAUGGUAAAGAAAACGGUCAUAACUCACCGGAGAACCAAGGAUAUCAGGAGCUGUGUAGUGGGUCUGACGUAGGGUCGGACGAGGGCUCGGACGGGGACUCGCUGCACUCGUUCCACUACAGUCCCAAGGCCGUCGACAUACCCUCCGCCGAACGACUCGCCAAGCGACUCUACCACCUCGAUGGUUUUAAGAAGUCAGAUGUUUCGAGGCAUUUAAGUAAAAAUAACGAGUUCUCCCGCGCGGUGGCGGAGGAGUACGUGCGUCACUUCGAGUUGUCGGGCGCCACCCUGGACGUGGCGCUGCGCACGUUCCUGGCGCGGUUCGCGCUGUCCGGGGAGACGCAGGAGAGGGAGCGCGUACUCGUGCACUUCUCGCGCAGAUACCUCGAGUGCAACCCCGGCUCCUUCAACUCACAAGACGCGGUGCACACGCUGACGUGUGCCAUAAUGCUCCUGAACACGGACCUGCACGGUUGCGGCGGCGGCGGCACGUUCCGGCGCAUGUCCUGCGCCGAGUUCAUUGACAACCUCGCAGACCUCAACGACGGAGACAACUUCCCGAGGGAAACACUCAAACAACUCUACCACGCCAUCCGGACGCAGCCGCUGCAGUGGGCACUCGAUGCGGAAGCUCCCCCAGCGGCGCAGGGCGCGGGCGGCGAGGUCCGUACUGGCGGCGCGGGGGCCAACCCCUUCCUGGACGUGCCCGACCAGAGCCGCGCCAUCGAAUACAAGAAGGGAUAUGUCAUGCGCAAGUGCUGCGUCGACGCUAACGGGAAGAAAACUCCAUUCGGCCGUCGAGGUUGGAAAAUGUUCUACUGUACUCUUCGAGACUUGGUGCUAUAUCUCCAUAAAGACGAACACGGGUUCAGACGCAGUCAGAUGUCCGAUAACUUGCAUAAUGCUAUCAGAAUACAUCACGCACUGGCGACGAAAGCGACCGACUACACGAAAAAGCAGCACGUAUUUCGAUUGCAGACUGCUGACCAGGCCGAAUACUUAUUUCAAACGAGCGAUUCGAAGGAGUUAUGUUCGUGGGUGGAGACGAUAAACUUCGUGUGCGCCGCGUACUCGGCCGCGCCACUGGCCGGCGCCGUCGGCUCACAGCGCAAGUUCCAGCGCCCUCUACUGCCCUGUACACACACCAAGCUCUCCAUGGUACUGCACUACAGAUAUGUUUUAUACAGUGGCGUGCACAGGUUUUCGAGACAGGGUAGGCAACUAAAUAUCGUAUGAUUAAA